UCCCCACAAAAACCGUCAAAAGACUUCAGUUUGGAGAAGUUCCGCACGAAGCUCCCAUGAACUAUCGUGGAAGCACCUCUCCCCAGUCCCUUCCCUCUUUUUCUCUCUAUAUAUGAACCAACCUGCCCUCAUUCCAGAUGAUGAUGAAGCCAGCCUUCAAAUAUGGUAAAUCUGACGAGAUCCUCCAAGCACAAGAACAACGUCGUCGGGCGCUUCAGGCAUGACGCCGGCUGCAAGAAGCACCCCAAACACCACCAAUCGCCCGGCGUUUGUUCUCUCUGCCUGAGAGAGCGCCUUUCCCAGUUAUCUGCUCCCUCCACGUCACGUGCCGCUCCUCCUCCUUCUUCUGCUGCCACUUCAUCCUCUGUUUCUUCUCUGUCCUCCUAUUAUUCCUCUUCUUGCGCUUCUUCUUGCGCUUCUCCUCCUGGUGAGGGCAAGACGACUAACUCAUCGAUCUCCAUCUUUUGGUUCAAUGCCAAGCACGGACUCCUCAAGAGCAGGUCAAUGGCUGCUGCUUCUAGAAGGAGAGAUGCAGUUGGUGAUGAUGAUACAGCUGCUAAAAGUUGGGGCUUCUUGUUCAACUUGCUUCGUCCUAGACAUAAGAAAACGGCGCACAAAGAUGCUCAGCUGGUUCGCUGCUCGUCUGUUAGACAAAAUGUGACAGUAGCGGGCUAACAUAUAGUCAAUAUCUUUUCAAAUCAGGGCGUUGAUUGCUAUAUUAUUGAUCAGCAAUUCUUUCCGAUUCUUUUCUAUACAGAACCUAGCUGGGGAGAAAAAGCGACAUCCUGCAUCGCAUUGCACAUGCAUUCUGUAUAUAAAUCCAUGCACGCUCUUUGUAUCGUGAAAGAGAAAACAGUAGCUAGCAAUUUAAUAUUAAAUUUAUUAUGUGAUUAACAAGGUC